GUAUAUUAAUCGUUAUUAUUAUUCUGUUGCAAAAUAUUGUAUAAUAUUAAUCAGUCUACUAAUAUUUAAUACUUUAAUAAGUCUUGACUCUUGAACUCUGUAUGGAAUUACCACGAUCAUAAUAUGAUUUUAAUCGUUGGCCAUUACAUUACAAAACAAAUAUUGUUCUUAUUUAAUGAUGGUCCAUGGUAUAUAUUUUCUAUGACAAAAUAUAUAUACCUUGUCAUCAUCAUGCAAACUGAUUUUACUGUGUAGUGUCUUCAGUUGUGUACUCUUGUGUCUAUACUGUUUACGGAUCUACACAAUACACCUACGUGGCUACAUGAUACAUAGUAUUAAUUCAUAUUAGUUUGUCAUAGUAGUUAUUCCAUAUUAUAAUUAUUUACAUCCGCAUGAUCACCCAUUGAUAAAACUCUUCAGAAAUUGGAAGAUCAUAGUCAAUUGAUUACGAUUCUCGUGAACUGUAUAGUCUGCCAGGCGACCAGGCAGUUGUUUCACCUUAGAAAGUGGAAAUUCGAAACGCCUCACACAGUCAAAUAUUCAAAUACACCAAGGACGACCAGAUAGAUGACAACACUACAACAGCAAUUCUUGUAAAAUAUAUAUUUUAUAGGCAGAAAUGAAUAGAGACAAUAGAGUACCAAUGAUGGGCAGUCCAAACUCAGUGAUGGACUAUGUCAAGGAACUAAGAAAUGGUGCGUAUCGGCCAGUGACAAUUUUUACACCUCCGAGUUCUACAGUAGGACCGUGGAUGGGAAGAAGGGAAGAAAUACCAUUGUUUUUCAUACCAAAUGUAGUAGAGGACCUCUUGGAAUUUAAAAAGUCUCUGUUUUACUUAGCAUCAAAGAACCACAAGUUCGAAAGUUUAGAAGUCCUCAUAAUAUAUAUUAAUAUGAUACUAGCUGGAUUUGGUAAUAUGAGCACGAAGAUUCAUCAAACGUUGAUGAACUCACGUUUUAAAGUAAUAAACUAUAAUAAGGGAUUAACAGAAGAAUGGAUAAACAAAUGGGACAAAGAUUAUGUAUUGAGAAAAGAUUAUAAAGAUACAGAGUUUACUGAAGAAAUUUCUGAAACACUAAUGGGCAUAUACUGGAAUUUUAUAACCAGAAAACCAAACAUAAGACAAUGGGUUGAAAAGAGUAAGCCUGUAUAUUCCAAAGCAUGUUUAGUAGAUGAAAAUAAUCAAAGCUUAGAAACUUUAAAUCCCAAUCUACGAUUCGCAGAAGUAGUCAGCCGUGAAAUGUGUGGAUGGUUUAGAAUGAAAAACGAGAUUUUUCUAAUUAUUCAAACUCUAUCAAAAAUAUCAAAUCACGAGCUAAGUGUUAUCUCUAAGAUCACCAUGGACUAUUUUAUGAUGGCUGAAAUGGAAGGGUUCGCGAUGGUUGUAGAUAUCUUGAGCAGGGAACCCGAAUUAUGUACUCUGAAGAGAAUAGACAAGCGUUUUGAAAAUUAUAACUUAAAAUUAGCUGUGGAUACAUUCCUUGAAAUGGGCGAUCAUGCCCCUUUUUGCGCCUUUAUAUAUGAACCAUAUAUUUCAGAUGAAUUGAAAAAUUUUAAAGCUUCGAGAAUACAAGGAUAUAUAGACAUGGCCAAUGAGAUAGCUAUCACGGAGGGAAAACCUUCCUUUAGGAGUAAUCAAGUUUUUCAGGUAUUUAAUGAUGAGUUCCUUCAGAAAUGUAAAAAUGUUGUUAAUCUGAUUAAGGCCACUUCAGCCAGACACAUUCUGACUUUUGAAGAUGAAUUAAAUCAGUUUACAAAAAAAUCUCAAAAUUGCAUAGCUUAAGAAAUCAUUAUUGUCUAACAAUAUAUUCUAUCAGCCUAACUCGUAAGGUGACAACUAAAUUUUGUUUUUAUGGUAUAGUUGUAUAAUUACAUAAUUAAUACUCACAGAUAUUACAGAAACAAUAUAUUUAUGUAUCAAUCCAUCUACAUAUUAUAUUAAUACAUAAUUAUUAAUUGUUAUAAAUGUUUAAAAAUUUAAUAUAAAUAUAAUAUGUAUACCUACCUAGGUAGGUAAUUUGUUUAUAAAUACAAAGUGUGUUCAUGAUAAUAUACUUAGUAUACCUAUAUAUUAUAUACUGAUUUCCAGAUUCCAUUUAAAUGUGUUUCAACUCAGAUUUAAGUAUAAAAAUAUCUAUUAUUUCAUGAUCAGAUCAUAAUGCUAUCAGUGGUCAAUUACAUACAGGUCUUAAUUUUAUUUAUUCAAUAUGGGUCAGUUUUUUUUUUAUAUAAAAUUCUAAUGUAUUUUAUUCUGUUGUAUUAUCAGAAAUAAAAAAAAGUAAGUGGAUUAUUCAGUUAUUUUGGUCAAAAUGCAGUUUUAAGUUUUAUUAACGGAUUAAAAUCUGAAUCCUAAUGAUAUAAUUCACUAAGAUAUGUAUCAAAAAUCUAUACUAUGAUGAUGUUCCAUAAUAUGAAUAUACAAAUUAUGCAUCAACUUCGAAUACCUUAGGAAAAAUCUUUGAAACAUGAAUUAACAGAGUUCAUAUUAUGCACUAUGCAGUAAGUAACAUCAUAAAAAGCAAUUGAAAUAAAGCAAAAUAGCACUAAGUUUAAAUUAAAAUAAUGUAAAUUAUAAAUCAUUUUUUUUUUUAUAUACUAUAGUAUACUGAAUUAUUUCAAGAAACCUAACCUAACCGUUCUAACUAAUUAUGUACCUAUAUCAAAACAAAAAAAGACACAACAGAAUAGUAAUGCAAAAUUAAUUUUAAAAUGUGUGCUCACUAUAACUCUACGCCUUGUUAUUUCUUAUCCAUAUUGAAUAAAUAAAAUUAAUUUAAUCUGUCUCACAUUAUAGUUUAUAUAAAGUAAAGUAAAUUUUCAGAUAUUUCAAAUACGAAAAUAAAACACAUUUUAUUUAAC